AGUAGGCCCAGCAACGAAAACUUCCUGCAAAAUAGUGCUCCCUAACAACAGACAAAGCUUGACACUGUGGAUUUAGUUGAAGACGCACAAAUAAAAGCGUUUCUUGUUCACUCCUUCAAUGGGUCCGGACAGGCUUUCCAGGUGCAGAGAGUAGGCUGUACGUGCAGACAUGUCGGGUCACUCUGCUGCAGAGAUGGAUGACUCGCAGGAGCUACCUGAGCUGCCGACAAAGAAGGCCAAACUUGAGAUAGACGGUGGACUGGAGAAAGAGCCGAGUAAUUUAGGUGAUGAUGGGAGUCCAGUUGCUGUGUUGGUUUCAUCAGAGCAGGAAGGCUCUUACUCUGCCCUGUCCUCAGCCCAGCUCGAUCCAGGUGAUCAUGAGCGGUCAGACGCAGACGGAGGUGCAGCACCUCAAGCAUGCGGCGGCACCAUGAACUCGUAUGCACAUUCUGCCACAGACUCAACAGCCACGUCUGAAUACACCCAACAGGUUUAUCAAGGAAGCAACCCAGCAGUGACGUCAUACACCAGUCAGGUGGCCUUUCCUCCUCUGGCCCAGUCCACGGUGUACUCAGCCUUCCCCCAGACAGGCCAGACCUACGGUCUCCCCCCCUUUGGUGCUAUGUGGCCAGGCAUUAAAACAGAGGCAGGGCUGCCUGAGGCACCCUCUGGUGGCCAGCCUGGGUUUCUCAGCUUCAACGCCGCAUAUACCUCAACCCAGCCAGGCCAGCUGCACUACUCAUACCCCAGCCAAGGCUCCAGCUUCACAACAUCCAGUGUCUACUCUAGCAUCCCUUCAGCUACGGCGGCUGCCACCACAACCUCCACCACAGCGGCCCACCAGGAAUUUAGCAGCUACAACUCUUUGGGACAGAGUCAGUUCUCUCAGUACUACGCUCUGCCUCCCAGCUACGUGCCUGCCGGGCUGCCCAGUAGCGAUGACCACGGUGCCGCUGUGGGAGUGGCCGGUUAUUCAGCUGUGAAGUCGGAGCAGGCCGCCUCAGCUGGACUCCCUCCCAGAGAUGCGUCCCCACCAGAGAACCUCCCAGCAGGUGCAGCCCUUCCUACGAGCGUGUCUCUCCCCGCCGGAGCCAGAGAUCAGGACGAGGUUGGUCGCAGGAACUCUGUUGGCAAAGCGAAAGGAAAGGGCAAGAGGUCUGAUAGCUCCCCACCUACUGACAGUGACCUGGAGCGUAUUUUUCUGUGGGAUCUGGACGAGACCAUCAUUAUAUUCCACUCACUGCUCACAGGCUCCUACGCACAGAAGUUUGGCAAGGACCCAGCGUCAGUGCUGAACUUGGGUUUGCAGAUGGAGGAGCUGAUCUUUGAGCUGGCGGACACUCACCUUUUCUUCAAUGACCUGGAGGAAUGUGAUCAAGUCCAUGUUGAGGAUGUUGCCUCUGAUGACAAUGGACAGGACCUGAGUAACUACAACUUCUUGGCGGAUGGCUUUAAUGGUUCCAGUGCUGGAACGACAUCAGGAACCACCACGGGGGUCCAGGGAGGGGUGGAGUGGAUGCGGAAACUGGCCUUUCGCUACCGCCGGCUAAAAGAGAUCUAUAAUAACUAUAAAGGGAAUGUUGGAGGCCUGUUGAGUCCUAUGAAAAGAGAGCUGCUUCUCCGGCUUCAGUCUGAGAUUGAGAACGUUACAGACGCGUGGCUCACCACGGCCCUCAAGUCUCUGCUGCUCAUCCAGUCCAGGGGGAAGUGUAUGAAUGUGCUGGUCACCACCACUCAGCUGGUCCCUGCACUGGCCAAGGUGCUGCUCUACGGCCUGGGAGACGUGUUCCCCAUCGAGAACAUCUACAGUGCCACUAAAAUAGGGAAAGAGAGUUGCUUUGAGAGGAUUGUCUCUCGCUUCGGGAAGAAAGUGACUUAUGUGGUGAUAGGUGAUGGUCGAGAUGAGGAGUUUGCAGCAAAACAGCACAAUAUGCCUUUCUGGCGGAUCUCCACACAUGGCGACCUUGUGUCCCUGCACCAAGCGCUGGAACUGGACUUCUUGUAAAGGAGGCAGCGUUGAAUAUCGCACACUAAAGGGAAAAUGUCGUCCUGUCAGUUUGUGCAGUGACAUUGUGUGAGAAAAUCCUCCACAAGCCUCGAAUGAUACACACUCGCAUAUAAGCAAAUCUGCCCUCACUAGACGACUAAGUAAUGACUCACUGUGUGAUGUGUGAUGGUAACGGGGUGGGAGCUGACUGUGAGAAACGGACUGGAUGCAUCGUUUGGCUGAGUUAAAGGUUCCUCACGCCCAGCGCUCCCUCCUCUACGGCAGCUAAACUCACCACGGCUGAAACUGGCACUGAUUUGGACACAGAAGGGAAGACAUCCAUUUUAUUCCUCCUCCUUGUUCUCAUCGUCUUUCAAGUAUCAUAAUCUCCUGCAGUGAAAACAAUCCCUCUCGUUCUUUUUUCUCGUCCUGGAAUUAAUCAACCAAAGGGCCACCUUUGUUUGUUGGCAUUCUCGUUUUUCUUGUUGCUAUGUUUUUAAUUUAGCUGAAAGAAUAUCAAAGUUAAUUUGCUUAAACAAACCUCUCUCGUUUGCACUCAUUCAAAGACUUGAAAGCAUCAUUUUGCAGAGGUGACUGAGUAAUACCCAUUCAGCUGUUUAACAAGAGGAACUAGAUGAGGUUAUAAACACGUAACUUGGUCACAACCUUCCCUCCUGACCCGACAGCCACACCAUCAGUCAGCUGUCCUGACCUCUCCACUGUGUUGCAACAGCAGAUGUGUGGUCCUUAUUUUACAUACAGUAUGUGUCAUCUGUGGUCAGUAAGGAUAUGUGCAGAGAAUCAGAUACUCCGUUCAACUUCUGACAAAACUGAAACGACCUUUCUGUAACGCUCAGUGAUAUGACAGGUAGAAAGCAGAGCAGGAUGCUCCGAACAGACACCAAACAAGCAAGUAAAUUUCCUCCCCCACUAGUAGUAGUAGCAUUAGUAAGACUAAGCACGAGAUCUUGAAAAUAACGUCUGAAUGAAAACCUUAGCAGUGUCCCAAAACCACACUAACUCUAAUACUGAAAGUACAACAUACUAAUCAUCAUAGUAUCCUGUUUUAGCAGUGGGGCUGCACGGUAUGUAGGAAAUAAGUGAUAACGUUGUUAAAUAUCGCAAUGAUGAUAUUACUUGCCAAUAAUACACAGAUAUUAAAGGUCCAGUGUGAAGAAUGUAGGGGGAUAUAUUGGCAGAAAUGGAAUAUAAAAUGAUAAGUAUGUUUUAUCUAGUGUAUAAUCACCUGAAAAUAAGAAUUAUUGUGUUCUCGUUACCUUAGAAUGAGCUGUUUAUUUAUACAUGGGGAGCUGGUCCUCGUUUAUGGAGAUCGCCAUGUUGCUACAGUGGCCAGAACAGACAAACCAAGCACUGACUCCAGAUAGGGCCAUCUGAGUUGUCACAUUUUCCCAUCAGUCACCAUAGUGAGAAGCUCAUGCAAUGAGCAGCAUCGUAGUGUCACUGGUUUGUAACGUGAAGCUGCUUUAUUCAGUGUUUUUACCGAUUUUAAAUUACUGUUUCUGUUUGUUUUGGAUAGGAGGAGACCUCUGUGGAUAAUUCGGCUCCCGGUAAAAAUAUGCCAAACAAUAAACACUGAAGGGAUUCUAACCAGGAGAAGUUUUUGUUGGUUGCACACUGCAUUGCACCACUACAUGCCACCAAAUCCCCCUAAAUCUUACACACUUCACCUUUUAAAGUAUACUCAGUUCUGCCUUUCUGAAUUUAAAGAAUGAAAGGAAAUUAUUUUCAACUUUCUUGUUUGAACAAAUUGAACAUUGAAUUAAACACAAAAGACACCAAUAAAUUAAAAAAAAUUAAAAGCACAAUUUUCUAUUGAUAAUUAAUAAAACGUGCAGCCCUAUUUAGUAUCCAAAAACAUUAACAUACAUAAUCUUUUUAUGUUUUGAGGGAAUUACAUAAUACACCCAAAAGUCUCUGCAAGUUAAACUUCUAGAAAGCUAAACAUUUUUCUAUAAAUAUCACUUAUUUUAGUUUUCCAAGUUUUAUCUUGAGUUUUUUCCCUUGCACCCACAACUUAUUUUAAAUUUUCUCCAGUUGUGAGCACCCACCUAAUUUUCUCUGGGAACUGCAUUGUGUGAAAAGUGUCUAGAAUCGACCAUAUUUAGCCGCCUACUGUGUGAUUAGUGAGCCACAAAGUUGUCACUUUUCUAUUGUGAAGACACUAUACUAAAAACCUGUGCAGAAUCAGUAUGUGGUAUGGAUUUGGGACACGACAAUCUGAUUUAAAGGAUUCAGUGUUUAUUUUCUGGUUUGAGGAAAAAGCUCCACAAACCAUUUAAAAACCUGUUGAUUAUCUGAAAGUUGGUUUGACACAAAGCUACAAACAGGGCUGUUCUUCUUCGUUGAUGAUGUUAUGUUAUACUAGUAAUAUACUGAUGCAGCUGUUUUUGGGGUUCCUAAGUAUCCCUUAACUCCCAUGAGGAGAUGAACUGCCAUUAGAAAUUCAUUGAAGUGCUUAGUUGAAAGUGGUACAAUACAAGCAUUUAAAAUAAUGGGAUUUACUGUAGAUUGGUUAACAGUUUAUGUUUUUCAGAAUGAUGUAAAUCAGGAUAACGUGACUCUGGUAACAAAUGUUAAGUGUUUUUAGGUUGAGGGAGGAAAAUAUAAGGGAUCAUACCCAUGGAUGGAUUCCAGAACUGGUCACAGAGCCUCUGUUUAAAAUGGCCGGUAACUUUUAUUGUUGUAAAGUCACAGAGCUCAGUUUGUGUUUUGUUUUGCUCCCAAUCCUUUGCCAGUCUUUUUCCUUUUAGAGCCAGGCUGAAGUGUCCGUCAGUAUUGGUGUAUAUCUCAGCCCAUAAGUAACAAGACAUUGUAGUGCAGAGACAGUGUUUCCAUUCCCUAAUUCUUCACCUAAGAGCACUGACUAGUUCAUUUUUUUGUGCUGUAAAACGUCUCUCUCAGGAUGGUCACGAAUCUAAAGGAUCUACAGGGUUAGGGGCUGUAUGUCAAGAUUAUAGUGAAUGGAAAUGCAAAAUAACUACAGAUAACGGCUCCAUUUGCCCAAACGUUACGGGAUGCAGGAUCUGAAUUGGUUUGAAUGGAAACCUGUCUGUUAUGGAUCUGAUGUGUCAGGAAGCUUUAGACAGCCUCUCUCUUUCUCUUUGUGUCCAGCAUGAACUAAACAUUGAAGUUUAGUUUUUAAACCAACAACAGCACCCAAUAGCUUUGGUUCAGGAUGAAGGUCCUGGUUGUGUGGGUGCUCCUAUGUGUUGAGACAUCUGUCCUCAGGGGCCCCAUUGUCUCAUAAUCCGCCCGUGCUCUCACCUUUCAGCCUCUGACUCAGCUUAUACAUUGUUUGGAGGAUUAUAAUCACUUAAGAGGUUUCAUUAUGAGUUUCCUCUUCUCAUAGUGAAGACAGUUGUUGCAUCUCAUCACAGGAGGAGAGCGGUGUUCGUAAAGCAUUUGUACAAUUUGACAAAACCAGGGCAAAAAAUAGUCUUAGCCAGUAGGAUUAAGUUUGAUUUCUCUUACAUGUUGUCAUGUUGUUGCAACAAAACCAGAGUUGCUCUGUUAACACAACUGAAUGUCAAAAUGGUCAUUUACCAAAAAGGAAUUUGCAUACUUUCGUUUCCAAAGACUUUACUCAACAUGUUUCUCAGUUGUUUUUCAGGCAGUUGUCAACAUUCGUUGUAUUAGUUAAAACUGGAGCUGCAACUAAAAAUUGUCUUUAUCGGAUUAUCUGCAAAUUAUUUUCUCAAUAUUUUUGGUCAACUGUUUCAUCUAGAGUUGCAACGAUUAGUUGAUUAACUAAGUGGUCAAUCUGAAAAAAAAAUUCAGUUGUAGUAAAAAAAAAUUUAAGCAAAAAUGCCACUAACUAACAGGUUCUAGCCUCUCAAAUGUGAGGAUUUGCUGUUUUUCUUGGACUUAUAUGAUAGCAAACUGAGUAUCUUUUGUUUUUUUUGAGUGAUUGUUGGUCUAAACAAGCAUCUGAAGAUGUCACUUUGGGGUCUGGGAAAUUGUGAGUAGCUCCUACUACUAUUCUUUGACAUUUUUAUAGACCAACAAUCAAUCAAGAAAAUAACCAUAAGUUGCAGCCCUAAUUUUGUCCAUGAAAUGUCAAAAAAAUGGUUAAAAAUGUCCAUAACAGUUUCCCACAGCUCAAUGUGACGUCUUAAAAUGUUGGACCAAAUUUAUUGUCUGAGGAAUAUGUAAAAGUGCAAAUAUUCACUUUAAAACAAGUGAAUUUUUGGUGCUUUUGUCUACAAAAACUUACUGAAACAAUUAGUUUAUUGUAAAAAAAAAAAAGUUGCAGACUCAUCAAUUAAUUGUUUCAGCUCUAGUUAAAAUUUAGGAAUUUAAGUGUAUCCAAUAAGUGCAACCAUAGCUUUGAAUUUUCAGCCACAUUUCAACCCACAACCUCUUGGAGGCGUAUCAGAGGGGACAAAUUUACACAAAGGAUGAUGACUGUGCAAUACAUUUCUACUUUGCUCACUGACUGUAUUUCAAGGGACUUGUCAUUUUGUAGAUGGUGAGAGAAGCCGGAGGAGUUGAUCGACUGUCCCCCGGUCCGUGUGAGAUUAUGACUGAACAAUACUGAGCCUGAAGAAGACUUCGUAUUUACACACAUGCAGCUUGACCGUUAAGAAUGUGUAUUUCUGUGUAAUUUUUGUUUGUCUUGCGUGACUGUGCAUAUUUAUAUUGUGCCUUUAACCAUCAACUGUAUGCAUAAUCUCAAAGGGAAAGAUUUUGUUUGAUACAUUUAUCACUGCAUUGUUAUAUUAUCCAAAGUGUUAUCUUACUUUUUUUUAAUUCAAUACUUUUUUUAAGUGUUUUUUUUUUGUUACUAGACUUUGUUUGAUUUGAUUGUGUUGUCUGCACUGUAUUUGAAAGGCCUCCUCCUAGAAAACUAUACAUCCAUUUUGGGGAAAAGUUCAUGUGGGUUGCUCAGUGUUUAAAGAAAAUUAUAGUGAAGGGCCGAAGAACAGUUACUUUGCUAUCAGUUAUGUUUUCAAAGAAUAGAUGUCUCAAUUUGGAUUGACAACACAUUUGUGUUUCAUGUAAAUUUACUUGUGGAAAUCCCACCAUCAGCAUUCAGUUUCUGCUUUGUAUUAGAUUUCUGCUUCCUUUUGAAAAGGAGAUUGCGUUUGUUUUGUUGCUGUGAAACGCUUAGCAUCGCUUAGAGACAAUCACGAUCUAAAUACAUGGUAUUUUUAAUGCAGAUUACUAAAGUGAAAGGCAUGUUUGAUUGUUCAGUGUGAAUUAAAGGUAAAUCUAUCAGUCCUGGUGUUUGAGAAAACUGAGACCAUAUGCAAUCUUUGCAUUUUUGUCUGCAUAUUAAAUGUGUUUUCUGUUUUUUUCUUUA